AUGUACCUAAAGUGUCUGCCGCUAAUCGAUGUCCAGAACAACGCGGAUCCAUUCAGUCCAGGUGUGAGCCCCGGGUAUCAGAAUCUCCUCUUCGAGGAGAUUGGAUAUCGGAGUUCUCAACAAUGGAUGCCAGAAACGGAUAAACCUUUCAUGUGCUCGAACUGUGGGAAAGGAUACACACACGUGUUCACCCUGAAUCGCCAUCGUCGGACAGUUUGCGGUAAAAACAGGAAUACCACGGGCAAAUGGAAGUGUGCACGUUGCAAGAGGUCCUACGCCACCAAAGGGAAUCUCGAUCGCCACAUUCAAUACGCGUGUGGUGUCAAAAGAAAAUUUCGUUGUUUUGUUUGCCAACGCAUGUUUACGCAACGUUGCAGUCUAAUCAGACAUUUGAAAAAUUUCCAUAAUGACAGUUUCGAUAACACCAGUAACACUGUUUCUCAAGAGUAUCAGCCGGUGAACAUGUGCCAUGCGGAAGUAAAAAAGUCCGAAGAUACCGGAGUAUGA